AUGUGGAAAUUGCUUUAUUACUCCGUGAUUAUUUUGCUCUUCUUUGAAUCGUGGCUUGUUGAUGGGGUGAGAUCUCUCCGCGUGGAAUUCGUAGCAAGCAACUUUACCUACAACCCGAAGUAUUUCAGGAACUAUUCCCUGACCAUUACCAAGAAUAUGAUGAACAUGGACAUGGACCUAAACAGACCCAUUACGAGGGGCUUUAAGGCACAUUUGGACAUACAGCUGCGACUGGCCAAUGCCAAGAACUUCCAGUCCGUCUUCAAGCAGGUGACCGAUGUCUGUGCCGCCACCUCGACUAUGAAGAACAGUCUCUUCAAGUCGUGGUUCAAGGACAUGACGAAGCACGGCAACUUCAUGUACAACUGCCCCGUCCAGCUGGGCCGCUACUACAUGCACAACUGGCGCAUGGGCAGCUCCAUGACCCACAGGUUCCUCAUUCCGGGCGAGUACCGCGCCAACGUCGAGUUCUUCUACGGGAAGUACAAGACCAAGUCCUACGAGGAAACCAUCACCCUGAUGAUUGAUGCGAUCCUGUCGAAUUAA